AUGCACCGGUACUGUCGUGUAGGUUUUCGCGAUGAGCAUCGCAUAUCGCAUCUCACCGCAUCGACCAUGGCGAAGAAGCACAGAGAUGAUUUCGUGAUGACGAUCGACAGUGACUCCGAGGCGAGUGAUGGUGGAGACUCGGACACAGAGCAGAAGACUGGAGAUCUCAAUCCUGAUUUUGUGUUUGGGGAAGCCGAAGAGACGGCGUUUACAGGCUGGGAUUUGGACCAAAAGGACGUUGCAAAUCACAAGGAUGUAGACUUGGAUGGCAUUUUGCGUAGUAAGGGAGGUCUUCUGGGCAUGAUAGAUGGCGAAGAAGAAGAACAAAAAGAGGAAGAAGAAGAAAAUGAAGAUAAUGCUGAAGAUGAAGAAGAAGUUAAUGCUGGCGAAGACGAUGAAGAUUUGGCCAUGGAUGGAUUUGGUAUGGGAGCCGAACAAGAAGACGACGAAGAGGAAGAAAAUAGUGAACAAGAAAACGAGCAUGAAGCAGAGCUGGAAGACGAACAAGAACAAGAGAUUUCAGAAAAUGACGAAGACUCUGCUGCUGCCAUUGCAGAGUUUUACGAAGAGUCCAAGACCACAGAGAAGAUUACCUCCUUUCAGGCUCUUCAGUUGUCUCGUCCACUUCUUAAAGGUGUGGGUAACUUGGGAUAUACUGUGCCUUCUGCCAUUCAAGCAGCAUCUAUUCCAAUUGCAAUGAUGGGAAAGGAUAUAGUUGCUGGUGCCGUAACAGGUUCCGGUAAGACGGCGGCAUAUCUCAUUCCCAUAAUAGAGAGAUUGAUCUAUAAACCAGCUGCCGUUUCGGCGACAAGAGUUAUAGUGUUAACUCCUACCAGAGAAUUGGCCAUUCAAGUUUGCGAUGUGGGUAAGAAGUUGGGUCAAUUCGUCGCUAACCUCAACUUUGGUUUGGCAGUGGGUGGUCUCAAUUUGAGGCAACAAGAGCAGCAGCUCAAGUCUCGUCCAGAUAUCGUUGUGGCUACUCCUGGUCGUUUAAUUGACCAUAUUCGAAACUCUCCUUCGUUUUCUAUCGAAAACUUGGAAGUUCUCGUGAUGGACGAAGCCGAUAGAAUGUUGGAGGAAGGAUUUCAAGUGGAAUUGACGGAAAUUCUCGAGUUGAUUCCCAAGCACAAGAGACAAACCAUGCUUUUUUCUGCUACCAUGAACACAAAAAUCCAGGAUUUGAUCCAAUUGUCGUUGGACAAACCCGUAAGAAUCAUGGUGAACCCACCCAAGCAAGCCGCCUCCAAACUUGUGCAAGAGUUUGUGCGUAUACGUAAACGUGAGCAUUUGAAACCAGCAUUAUUGUACCACCUUUUGCGGUUGGUUGACCCUCAGCAACAAAACAGAAUUGUUGUUUUCGUUUCCCGGAAAGAAAUGGCCCACAGACUCAGAAUUGUUCUUGGUCUUUUGGGUAUGAAGGUUCUGGAACUCCAUGGCUCAUUGACUCAAGAACAACGGUUGCAAAGUGUCAAGGAUUUUAGGUCUCUUGCCGUGCCAGUACUUAUCUGUACGGAUUUGGCUGCCAGAGGUUUGGAUAUCCCCAAGAUUGAAAUAGUCAUCAACUUCGAUAUGCCCAAGACCCAUGAGAUCUAUUUGCAUAGAGUUGGUCGUACCGCUCGUGCUGGACGUGAAGGUCGGUCGAUAACGUUUGUUGGAGAAUCCAAUCAAGACAGGUCUAUUGUAAAGGAUGCUAUCAAAUCGCUCGAAGAACAGAAGAAUGGUAAAGCGGUGUCCAGGACAGUGGACUGGAAAAAAGUGGAGGAAUUGAAUAGCAUCGUUGAGUCGAAAAAGGACACCAUUGAUGAGGUUCUCGAAGAGGAAAAACUGGCCAAAGAAAUUUUGCAAGCGGAAAUGCAAUUGGAAAAAGCAAGCAAUAUAAUGAAGCACGAGAAGGAAAUACACUCGCGUCCUAAGAGGACAUGGUUCCAAUCAGAACAAGAAAAGAAACAGGCACAACGAACCCCGGUAAUGCAGCUGUUGACCAAGCAUGGAAAGAAGGUGAAUUCCAAAAAAAGGAAGGCUCACGAAGAGAGAAAGGAGGAAAAGAGAUCAUAUAAAAAGACCAAGAGUGACAGAUCAGCUCCCAAAACGAAAGCCAAGUCAAAAAAGAGAAAGUAA